CUCCAAGCAAUGACGGUAACAAGCCAGGAGAGACAUAAAGAACAGUCCACCCCGAGCCAAAGGGAAGAAGAAGCAAUGUGUUUCAACCUGGAACCAAGCCAUUGGCGCCACAACCACAACCACUCACCACUGCAUUGUUUCAGUCUGACAAUUGCUGACUGACUGCGAUCCAUGAUCACUUAUACAAUCUACAAUUCCGUCAUGAGAAAUAUUAUCUCACAUACUAUUAACGUUUUAUACUCGCAUAACACUAUAUGAAAUCAUCACCAUGCUCCAUCGUACAAUCUCAAGGAUACUCACCACCACAACUACUACCACAACCAUACUCAUAAUCCUCCUAAGCGCCCUCCUCAUCACCCUCACCACAGCCCAACAACAACAACCAAAAGCAACAGUAAUAGUCACCAUCAUAACAACCGCAACCGCAACCGCAACAGCACCACAAACCACCACCACCACCUCCUCCUCCUCCUCCCAAGAACCCCCCUCCUACACCUCCCCGACUCUCUUCCAAUCCUCCAUCCUAAACGUCAGCAACACCUACCGCGAAGCCCACAACGCAAGCAACCUGAUCUGGAACACGACAUUAACUCAAUAUGCCCUGAACUGGGCACAGGAAUGUAAAUGGCAGCAUUCGAACGGCCCGUACGGCGAAAACCUCGCCUUCGGGUACCCCAACGUCUCGUCCGCCGUAGCCGCCUGGGGCGACGAAGUACAGAAAUACGAUUUCCAGGAGCCGACGGGGUUCACGGAGGAGACGGGACAUUUUACGCAGUUGGUGUGGAGGGAGACGAGGGAGGUGGGGUGUGCGGCUGUUGAUUGUGGGUAUAAUUAUACUAAUACUACUAAUGAUAAUGAUAAUGAUAAUGGGAAUGGGAAUGGGAAGAGAAGUGGGGGAGGGGGAGGAGGAGGUGGUGGUGGUGGUGGGAUCAAUGGAACGGAGAGACCGCAGGGAUGGUAUGUCGUUUGUGAAUACUCGCCUAGGGGCAAUAUCAUUGGGGGGAAUAAGAAGUUGGGGGAUAAGGAGUUCUUUAAGAUUAAUGUGCAGCCGUCGAGUACUUAUUCCGGGCCGUAUAAUACGGGGUCCGCUGGGAAUGGGGCUCAGAGGGUUGAAUGUAUAAUGGGAUUUAAUUUAGAAUAA